GCCUAGUGCUAUGAGUCUACGACCGCUUCAAAGUUCAGAGAUACGAGCGCGUUUUCACGCGCCUAAAUACAGAGCGUCCCUAAAAUAUUCAAAAUUCUCAAAUGGGAUUAACGUCAAAAAAUCGCAAAGCCGCGGAAUAUUAGUUUACUUCCAUUAUUUGAAAAUUUACUAAGCCUAACACACGCGCUUCUCCUCUGCCACACCGCUAGUUAAUCACACGCGCUUCCGCUCUGCUUCACUUUCCAUCUAGAUAGAACACUUCUUUUCCUUUUGAAGUUUUCAAACUCAAAUUUUCUAUCACUUUCUCUCGUUCUUCCACUAUUUUUUCCCGAGAAAAUUUUUUGAACAAAAGAAAAAAAAAGUAGAAGAAUCUCCGUUCAAAUUCAUCCGUCUUCGUCUCUAAUUUUCGUCUUAUGCUUGUGCAUAAUCGUUGCUGGAACUUGAAAUUCAUUGAAAAUUUUCGUUGUGGAUGAGUGUGAUUGAAAGAUCGAUGCCGCGAUCCAAUUCGGGAAAUCAUCACCGUCAGAGCUCUGAUAAUUUUAUCCUCGACGCAAAUUAUCACGGAAGAUUGUUUCAUCCUUCAGCUUUUGCGCAGGAGUUUGGACUUCGAUCUUCGAGCUUGAGGAAGAACGACGACGAUCGUUUGUUCACCAGUGGCUUGCUUGACUUGCAUUCAUUCGAUACUGAGCUUUUACCUGAGGGACAAUACUUUGAUGACUCUGAGCCGAUUUUCCCUGGGAACAAACUCGCGCCAAGUUCUCGAGGCUUGACUGAGAGCAAUGUCCUUAAAAGUAUCUCAGCAGAUAAAGAGAGAGCAAACAAUGUUGCUAAGAUUAAAGUUGCGGUUAGGAAGAGACCACAAAAUAAGAAGGAAAUAGCAAAGAAAGAGGAAGAUAUUAUUACCAUAGACUCAAAUUCUCUCACAGUUCACGAAAGAAAACUCAAGGUUGACUUGACAGAAUAUGUUGAGAAACAUGAGUUCUUUUUUGAUGCUGUGCUGGAUGAAGAUGUUUCAAAUGAUGAAGUGUACGCUGAGACUGUGGAGCCCAUAGUUCCAUUGAUAUUCCAACGAACAAAAGCAACUUGCUUUGCAUAUGGCCAAACUGGGAGUGGGAAGACGUAUACUAUGCAACCAUUGCCCCUCAAAGCAUCCCAAGAUAUUUUAAGAUUAAUGCACCACACAUACCAGAGCCAAGGUUUCCAAUUAUACGUUAGUUUUUUCGAAAUAUAUGGGGGGAAACUGUUUGAUCUCCUCAAUGAUAGAAAAAAACUUUGCAUGAGGGAGGAUGGUAAACAACAGGUUUGCAUUGUUGGCUUGCAAGAAUACAGAGUAUCUAAAGUUGAAACAAUCAAGGAAUUUAUUGAGAAAGGAAGUGCUACUAGAAGUACUGGUACAACUGGUGCAAACGAAGAAUCCUCUCGAUCACAUGCUAUACUUCAACUUUGUAUCAAGAGAUCAGCUGAUGGGACUGAAUCAAAGCCUGCCCGAGUUAUUGGUAAACUAUCUUUCAUAGAUUUGGCUGGAAGCGAACGUGGUGCAGAUACUACAGAUAAUGAUAAGCAGACUAGGAUUGAAGGUGCCGAAAUUAAUAAAAGCUUACUUGCACUUAAAGAAUGCAUUAGAGCCCUAGACAAUGACCAAGGACAUAUCCCUUUCCGAGGAAGUAAAUUGACUGAAGUUCUGCGAGACUCUUUUGUCGGUGAUUCACGGACUGUAAUGAUAUCUUGCAUUUCACCAAGCUCAGGUUCAUGUGAGCAUACUCUCAACACAUUAAGAUAUGCCGACAGGGUAAAGAGUCUGUCAAAGGGUAACAGCUUCAGAAGGGAUUCCUUUUCUUUAUCAAACCUUAGAGAUUCAACUGUAUUGCCAGUUUUACCUCAUGAUGAUAAUUUUGAGGAUGAAAUAGCACAUGUUUCUAGCGAGAGAAAUCAAUUCGGAUGGCCUAAACAUAGUGGAAGAGAACCCUCACAUCCAAGUAACGUGGAGCGUGUUGCAAGUGGUAGGGUCGAGGGAAAGUUGGCACCAUCUAUGUACUCCAACCAACAAAGGGGUCAAAGAGGUAUUCAAAAUGAGAGGGCUGAAAAGGAAAAUGAUUACCUAGUACCAAGACAAGACAGAACAAGAAAAGUGAGCAACAGGGUGGAUAACAACCAGUUAUCUACUGUGGAAGACAAAAGGAAGAUAGGCUCUCAUGCCAAAAGUGUAAAUCUAUCACAUGUUGAGAAUACUCAUUCUGAUCCCGAUGAUGAUUUAAAUGCUUUGCUGAAGGAUGAGGAAGAUCUAGUAACUGCUCACCGUAGACAAGUGGAGGAAACAAUAGACAUUGUUAAAGAGGAGAUGAAUUUACUCGUUAAAGCUGACCAACCUGGAAAUCAGCUGGAUGAUUAUAUUACCAAAUUGAAUACCAUUUUGUCUCAAAAGGCUGCAGGAAUAUUUCAAUUGCAGACGCAGUUGGCUCAAUUCCAGAGACGUCUAAAUGAGUACAAUGUUUUCUUAUCUUCUGGUGAAUGAUUGUGCUUAUGAGAAAAUUGGUUGAUGUGUUGUGUGUGUGAAUUCUUUGUGCUCCAGAUAUUGCUGCUAAGAUUUCAUUGGCGUGGAUUGUUUCUCGUUUGUAAAUUACUAGAUCACCGGUUUUUAGAGUCCAGAAAUAGGAGUCGUCCAAUCCUUUGUUUUUACAUUUUAUUCGUUAGACGAGUCACUAUUGCGACUUGAAUUAAAUUGAACUAUAUACAAAAUGUAUGACUGUAUGUCCACAUACUUGUUUGACAUAAUAUGUGGAGUGUAGAUUACAUAAUCAAAUCACCCUGUUGGGUUGUUGUUGCUUGUAUUUUGCAACCUUGAAUCUUCAUAUGCCAUUUUUCACUUGUGUACUUCCUUGAUGCAACUUGAUUGUGGCAUGGAUGUCUUUUCUA